UCGACUGCUUUCUGCGAGAUUGUGCAUAACUUCUGCACAGAGUUAGAUAUUUCCACAGCUGAAAUGCGCGUUUCUUUGUCGUGGGCCUGUAUGUUUGGAGUUAGUAUCAUUUAUCUUGGUUUGGUCAGCGUAACGGAAGGUUCUUUGGAAGAGCAUGGCGUGAACGUUUGUUCAAGAUCCCAGAGUUUCAUACAGAUGUACCAGCAAUCUUUCCAAAUGAGCUGGAAGAAAAAGUCAACCACCAAAUGUGGUUGGCUGGGCUGGAAAAGAUGCACAGUGUACAGGACAGUAUAUGGGGUGUCUUAUAGAACACUUACUCGGCACGCUUUUAAACCUGUUUACUCCUGUUGUCUUGGUUGGAGACAGAGUGGGAAUGGCUGUCCAUUUGCCAUCUGUAAGAAUCCUUGUGUUAAUGGAACUUGUACUCAGCCAGACAAAUGUUCAUGUAAUGCAGGCUACUAUGGACUGGUUUGUGAUAGAGAGUGCCCCUCUCACAAAUGGGGUCCUCACUGCCGACAUGACUGCAAGUGCAAGAAUGGAGCCCAGUGUGAUUCACUCACAGGUCAGUGUGCCUGCACUCCUGGUUGGAAGGGUCAGCAAUGUGAGCAGCCAUGUGACCAAGGUUUCUAUGGCAUUAAAUGUCAACAGAGAUGUGAUUGUUUGAAUGGUGGAACUUGUGAACCUGCCACAGGAAAUUGUACUUGUGCAGCGGGCUUCCAAGGUACAAGAUGUGAACUUCUAUGUGAUAAGGGAUGGUAUGGAAAAAAUUGCGCGCAAAAGUGCACCUGUCUUAAUGGUGGCAAAUGUGAUCAUAUUACUGGCAAGUGUAACUGUGCUGCAGGAUGGCAGGGUGAUUUGUGUAGUUCAAAAUGCCCAGAUGGUAAAUAUGGAGAUAAUUGCUCCCAAACAUGCAUAAACUGUUUGAAUGGUGCAGUCUGUAAUCAUGUGAAUGGAAGUUGUACCUGUGCUCCUGGAUAUCAAGGACAUAGGUGUGGAGAUAUGUGUCCUUCAGGAAGCUAUGGAAAAUUCUGUGCCGAAGAGUGUCGCUGUAAGAAUGGCACUUGCUCUCCUGUGGAUGGUUCAUGUAAUUGCACAGUGGGAUAUACAGGGAUGUACUGUGAUCAGCCCUGCUCUGCCGGCUCAGCAGGCCAGGAUUGUACCAAGCACUGUAAUUGUACAAUACAUGGAACCUGUAAUCCAUUCACUGGCAAAUGUCAGUGUCAACCUGGUUUUCAAGGGAUGCACUGUGAAAAGGAAUGUAGCACAGGAUUCUUUGGACCUCUGUGUAAAGGAAAAUGCCAAUGUCUUAACAAUGCAACUUGUGACAAAAAAGAUGGCACCUGUGAUUGUCUGCAAGGAUGGAUAGGUGUGCACUGUGACAACCCCUGCCCAGCUGGUUACUAUGGCAAGAACUGUCAAUCAAAUUGUGGGUGUCAAAAUGGAGGGUCAUGUGACUUGGUGGAUGGCAAAUGUACUUGUGUGAAUGAAUGGCAAGGGGAAAGUUGCGAUAUCAUGUGUGGAAACUGGACCUUUGGUGUCAAUUGUAGAAAUUCAUGUCUUUGCAAUCAAACACAAACUGAAAGAUGUCACAGGAUUAAUGGCAAGUGUUUAUGUAAGAAUGGGUUCACUGGCCUCUAUUGUAAUGAGCAGAAAAGGUGUCCUGUUGGUUAUUAUGGUAACAAUUGUGACAAGAGUUGUCACUGUAAUCAUAAUGCGCCAUGUGAUGUCAUUACUGGCUCCUGUGACUGUCCAGCUGGUUUCAUGCUGCCAAACUGCUUUAACAACUGUCCAUUAGGAAGGUUUGGCAUUAAAUGUAAGGAGACUUGUAAGUGUCAGAAUGGUGCUUCAUGUGAUCCAGUGGAUGGUACCUGUGGCUGCACGUCAGGUUGGCAAGGCACCUUUUGUGAGCAAGGCUGUCCUGAUGGAUGGUAUGGUCCAGGGUGUAACAGCAGCUGUGAUUGUUUACACGACUCGUCAUGUCAUCAUGUCACUGGAAAAUGUACUUGCAAUGCAGGAUGGAAGGGAGUGAAAUGUAAUGAACCAUGUGACAGUGGAUAUUAUGGACUUGGCUGCCAGACAAUAUGCCAGUGCUACAAAGACAAUACUAUAUCAUGUGACCCUAUUGAUGGACGUUGCUCUUGUGAGCCUGGAUGGACUGGGCAAGAGUGCACGCUUUUUUGUCCAAGGAGAAAAUUUGGUGCAAAGUGUUUACAAGACUGCAAGUGCGUGGAAGAGUCAACAGAGAAUUGUGAUCACGUGACUGGAGCAUGUACAUGUCUGGAGGGUUGGACAGGAGAUACAUGUGAUAAAACAUGUUCGGCAGGUUACUAUGGUUACAAGUGCAAGAAAGAAUGUGAAUGCAGGAUGCCUAAUAUGGCCAAAGAAUGUGAUCAUAGGAACGGAGAAUGUCACUGCGAACCAGGAUUUACUAGUCAGUACUGCAACCAAACUUGUCCUGCAAGUUCCUACGGAUUUAAUUGUGAGAACAAAUGUCUUUGCGAGAAUAAUUCGACUUGUAAUAACACAUUUGGUUAUUGUCACUGUUUGACGGGAUUUCAAGGAAAGUUCUGUGAAGAAGUUGUUUUCACGAAGAGCACUGUUGUCCCCAGUCCUGGUAAUAACUCGUCCAACUCUGGCCGGUCGACUGGUGAUGGUUCUGCCUCUGUAGUGACGCCAGUGAUGAUCGCUGUAGCGGUUGCCAUGGUAGCAAUUAUUCUUAUCAUCGUAUUGGUUUAUUUGGGAAGGAAACGCGUGUUCAUAUCCAGAACAGGAAAUGGUUUGUCCAUGAAGAAACUGGUAAGAUCUCCCAGAUGUUCAAAAAGCGUGGAUAGAGUUGACGACGAAGGAAAUUACACGGAAGAUCAUGUGUCACUCAACCCCAUAUAUGGUCAUUUGUCGAACCCAGAUUCCACUCCGUUGGAUGUGGUUCAAUCCCCAGGAAACAGACCCACAUCGAUGACAAUAAAAUCUGUCAAUAACCCCAACUAUGAGAAUACCUUAACGCUAAGAACUGAUUAUGACAAAAGAACUAGUAAUCCAAUCUACCAGACCGCCACAGAACUUGACAAUCCUCUAUACAAUACGGGUGCGGAUAUAAACCCACUCUAUGAAGCAGGCCCAUCGGGAAGUGUCAGCAGGGGGUCUGGUAGCUUGGCCGAUAUGAACCCUCUGUACCAGUCCGCUACAUCGUACCGCAGUCAGUGCGAUUUUAAUCCUUUGUAUGAGAGUUCAUCUGAUAUGAGCCCGCUGUAUGAAGCAGCAGUACCAGCAGCCGAAAAAAAGAAUAGUAAAGCGCGCCGUCGAGCUGAUUCACGCACGAAAAAAGAGGAUAAAGUUCCCAUCAUGGAUAACGCGCCAUCCUGCUGGUCGACAGAAGAUGAAGAUGGACUGGGAGUUAGUAACAGAGGUGUUGAUGUGACGUUUAACGAACUGUACGGUAGCGUCGAACAGACUUCAUCCUCUCCCACUGAGAAUGAACCCGGCGCUACCCCCCUUCCCCCCUCAACAGCAUGCUAAGAGAUUGUAAUGCGUGCGUUAGAGAAGCGAGAAUUGUAAUCAAAAUAUGCAGUAAAAUGACGAGGAAAGCAGGAAGGUCCGGGACACGAAGAUGUAAAGGACGUGUUACACCUGAAGUAAUUUUAGAAUAUGUAACACCUGUUCAUAAUAUCCAUACUUUAUCCGGGAAACAGCUAAUGAGAAUACUCAAACUUUUUAGGCAUCUUAUUUUUUACUUGUCUUAUUUGGUUAAAUUUAUCUCAGAAUUCAAACUACUAAGAAUAUAUUUAAAAACGAAUUUUAACUUUUAAUUGAAAUGGCUAUAAAGUACUUCAAACCUUUUAUUGUUUUAUAUUCGAUAAAGACCUGGAGUAAACAAAAACUCUUGCCAAUACA